GUCCGCAAUUUUAUAAGAUAAAUUUUUAUCGAUUCCCUCGAAUUAAUUUUUACAACCCAGUUAUGUUCUCGAUUGUCUCAUGGUUGUAAAGGGAAGGAGGGACUAACCCGAUGACACUACACCCUGCGAUCUGUCUGCCAUGUCUUGUAUGAAUCAGUGUUAAUAGAAGAGACGUGGAACUACAACUAAAAAGCAUAUGUGUGGAACUCGCAAGUAGUCAUCUAGACGACAGUUGCAUGCAUGCAUCGUAGCAGAAAACUAGGCCGAAAGAGGCACGUAGUUCGCAUAAGGGAUAGUCCAACAAAGAGGAAAAGAGGAGAGACACUUUUUGUCGCAUUCAUUAACGUUAAUCUGGAGGAUGAGGGAUGCUGAGUAUUGAAGAAAGAAAAAGAAAAGCGAGAAAGGAGGAAGGUAGUACGUAGAGGAAGAAACGGGUCGACAAUCCCGAUGACCGGGAAACGGUCUCACGUCGUCACGAGGAUCCUGUAAUCGCGAAUCCAGCGUGUCGUAUCUUUGGUGGUCCCAGGCCCACGGAUACGUGGGGUGCGCGUGCGAGGCCUGUAGACCGGAAAAUUGACGGAAGUAUGUUUUGACGACGCGAAAAGAUAUCAUGCAGCCACGGGACCACACCAGGGGGCAAUGGACAACGCUGCCAUUCACGUGGAUCAUGCUCCUCGCGCGGUUGCUGCUUCUACCGGUACUUGUAGCAUCCGGUUUGCAACCAAAUGCAGCGGAUGCCGCGCUGCGAGACGCAGCGAAGAACGUGACUGAUCUAAUUGAAGCCAUGGGGAUGCAAGAGCAACUCUUCGGAAUAAGAAGAACGGAAAGUCGUUGCAGAGAUGGCACGGUCGCAUACGACAUAAUGGAAGCCGCGAUCCUGAUGACUCCUACCAAUACGCUAUUUCCGACCGGCAUAUCGCAGGAUUUCUCUAUCUUGGUUGUCGCAAAACCGAAAGCUAACGAGUCAGUGACCAAAGAUUACUCAACGUCAGUACUCUUCACUAUCUAUGGUGACAGCGGUGAGGAACAGCUGAUUCUUUCGUUGGGUCGCGACGUCCAACUCUUCUAUAACACGCAUUCGGACGACAGGACUGAACCGAUUUCCUUUGGUGUCGACGUUUCCGACGGGCAGUGGCAUCGAUUGGGAGUCAGCAUCAAGGGCGACGCCAUCACGAUUAUUCUCGAUUGCGACAGGCAUGUCACGAGAAAGAUACGGAGGAACCUCGAGAAAACGAUCGCUGGCAUCAUCAUGGUUGGACAGCAGCUUAAGGGCGAUUUAUACCUGGGAAGUCUCGAGAUGCUGAAGAUUGCUCUAAAUCCGGACGCUGCUUACGAAAUCUGUACACUGUUUGCUCCAGACUGUGAAUACCAAUCAAGGCAUGAAUUGAAUUAUAAUUCUUCUUUCAACGAAGACGGUUCCAAAGAGAAAAAUUCGGACGAAGACAAUAACGGAGACUUUCUACUUCAUGAAACGAUCAAUACAAUUAAUGUACUUCUUAGACCAACAACGGAGAAUCCAAUAUCUUACGAAGUGGAAACGACGACUGCGAAUAUGUACAAUGCGCAAUCAAAUUAUCAGCAAAAUUAUGGAGAAUUAACAAACGAUCCUUACGAUGAAGAAUAUGUGAAGCAUUAUAAUAUUCGAGGUUCUCCCGGACCCCGUGGGUUUCCCGGGCCGCCAGGAGUACCCGGUUCUUCCGGCGAGAAGGGCGAGUCCGGCCGAGAUGGACUGCCUGGAUUGCCAGGUAUAUCCGGUCCACCAGGCAACGUCUUCGUCAUACCUUCGUUGACUCAACAGGGUAACGAAAAGGGGCCGGACUCUCAGGCAGAAAUGUUGCGGCAGUUGAUAUCUCAACACAUGCAUGCGAUGAGAGGCGUGGAAGGCCCGAUGGGCCUUACAGGCGUUCCGGGUCCAGAUGGACCGCCUGGGCCUCAGGGUCAGAAAGGAGAACCUGGUGAAAUUGGCGAACCUGGACCUAGAGGGGACCGAGGAAGUCCCGGAAAUCCUGGUAGAGAGGGUAGAAGAGGUCGUCCCGGCAGAGACGGUGAACGCGGGCUCAGUGGACCGCCAGGGAUGAAAGGCGAGCAAGGGCCAAUAGGAUUACCAGGUCUACCGGGUGAUAAAGGCGAACGGGGACCUUCGGGAACACCUGGAGAACCCGGUCUGCCGGGUCAUGAAGGGAUGCAAGGUGAAGACGGCCCUCCGGGUUUGCCAGGACUACCUGGUGAAUUGGGCCCGAGAGGGUUUAUUGGACCAAGAGGAUUCUCCGGAUUACCGGGUAAUCCUGGUAUUCCUGGAAGCGAAGGGCCACCUGGUGUUAAAGGCAAUGCUGGUCCACUCGGUCCACCUGGUGCACCGGGUCAACCAGGACCUACAGGCUCGAUAGGCUCACCUGGACCCCAAGGUCCACCAGGGCCGAUCGGCUUAGUUGGCCCACAAGGAAAGCCCGGGAUUCCUGGCCUUCCGGGUGCUGAUGGAUCUCCUGGACUUCCGGGGAAUCCUGGAAUCCCAGGGAUGAAAGGCGAGCAAGGACCAUCGGGUCCACAAGGAUCGGUAGGGUUUCCGGGUGUCCGAGGUGUGAAGGGUGACGAAGGGCAACGUGGUCCGUCGGGUGAACGCGGCGAGAAAGGUGAGAGAGGUUUGGAGGGUGAAAAGGGCGACGCAGGAAUGAAAGGAGAGCCCGGAGCGACAGGCCCGCAGGGAAUUCCCGGCCUCGAAGGUUUGGAAGGGCCAAAAGGUUUCGAGGGACCUCGCGGUGAGACUGGGUCCGCUGGUUCGCCUGGAGAAAAGGGAAAGAUAGGCAUACCGGGAUAUGCUGGCUAUCCUGGAAAUCCUGGAGAAAAGGGAGACAAAGGGCAAUCGGGAGUUCAAGGGCCAAGCGGCGAUAAAGGAGAAAGAGUAACAUUGAUGAAUGGAAACAGUGGUUUACAAGGAGAACGUGGUACAACAGGACCACGGGGCUUUAGAGGAACUCGUGGUAGAAGAGGUGCGGAAGGAUUGCCAGGACCAAAGGGCGACACCGGUCAGCCAGGAUCCCCUGGAUUGCAAGGCGAGAUUGGUUCACCCGGUGUCGAAGGUCCACGUGGAUUUGUAGGACCAUCGGGUCCACCAGGUCUCGAUGGAAAAGACGGUAUACCAGGACCACCUGGGGAACGUGGUCCAACUGGCGAAUCGGGUCCUCUGGGACCUCCAGGAAUUCCCGGUGUUAUCGGUCCUCCAGGACCACCUGGAGAACCUGGUCAACCAGGCGAACUUGGCGCACCUGGCAAUCCGGGAGCGCCAGGUGAGAUUGGUCUGCCGGGUGAACAGGGGAAAGAAGGACCGCCGGGUCCGGUUGGUUUGCCAGGAUCCAAAGGAUUGCCGGGUCCUGGCGGAUUACCAGGAUUUCCAGGAGAAAGAGGUCUGAAUGGACUGCCGGGAUUGCCUGGCUUAAAAGGUGAGAUGGGACCUGUCGGAGCUCAGGGACCGCCCGGCGAUAAAGGUGCUCAAGGUGAUCUCGGUAAAGAUGGACCACCUGGCCCAGAAGGAAAGCAAGGGCACAAAGGAAACAAAGGUUCCACUGGACUUAAAGGCGAAAAAGGCGGUCCUGGAUUAACUGGACCUAUAGGUCGUGAUGGUCUACCAGGACAACGGGGUUUACCUGGGCCACCUGGACCAGUUGGUUCCCCAGGUGAAGACGGCGAUAAAGGAAACGCAGGUCCACCUGGUGAAAAAGGAUUUAAAGGGUCUCAAGGAAACAUAGGUCUUCCGGGUCCGCAAGGAGUACAAGGACCACGUGGUGAACCUGGUGCGAUAGGUCCUCCUGGAGAGACAGGACUACCAGGCGAGAUCGGGUCGCGAGGGUCAAAAGGCGAAGUUGGUCCGACCGGAGCAGUUGGAUCAGCUGGGCCUAUAGGGCCCAGUGGUUUACCGGGUCAACCAGGGCCAAAAGGCGAAGUCGGAGAUCCUGGAGCGAUUGGUCCCAUAGGGCUACCGGGAAUUCCAGGAGAACGGGGUCCGAGAGGGUCAAAGGGUCUUAAGGGUGCAGAAGGUCUACCGGGUCCAGAGGGUCGCCAAGGCGAAAAAGGAGACAGUGGAACGCCAGGAUCUCCUGGAAAGUCAGGAGUGGAGGGAAAACAGGUAAGAUAUACAUACUCUGAAAGUAAUAAUAUACAUAAUGUUAUUUAUUUGUUUACUAAUGCAUUUAAGGGAGAAAGAGGUACAUCUGGAACGAAAGGGGAAGAAGGUAAGAUAGGACUUCUCGGACUUCCUGGAUUACGAGGAUUAAUCGGCCCCGAGGGACGAAAAGGUGACGUUGGACUACCUGGUCUUCCUGGUCCUCCUGGAGAACCCGGCCUCAUGGGCGCGAAGGGCGAGCCUGGAAAGGAUGGUGAGGAUGGACGAGCAGGCGAUCCUGGCGCGCCAGGUGAAGCUGGACUACCUGGCAAGGAGGGAUUACCGGGUCCUCCUGGGAAACCAGGAUCGGAAGGGCCGGCGGGUCAGCAAGGUAAUACAGGUUUGCCUGGAGAGAAAGGAUCCAUUGGUCUCCUUGGAGCUCCGGGUCUCGAAGGGCCUAUCGGACCGCAAGGUCCUCCUGGUUUGCCUGGCUUGCAGGGAGAAAGAGGUUUGCCAGGCGCUGCCGGAGAAAACGGUCUCUUAGGCAAACCGGGAACCAUUGGACCUCCUGGGAGUAUCGGGCUAACUGGUUCGAAAGGCCAGAAAGGUGACAAAGGUCGCAGAGGUGUUAAAGGACAUCGAGGCGAACUGGGGUUCGUUGGACUCAAAGGCGAUCAUGGAAAGCGGGGGGAAAAAGGUGAACGCGGACAGCCUGGGGUGGAAGGGCUCAAAGGAGAGCCUGGACGUGCGGGUCACACUGGACCCAGAGGGGAACUAGGAUUUGUCGGUCUACCUGGACCACUAGGACCAUCCGGAUCGAAAGGUCAUCCCGGGAAUGACGGAAUGCCAGGUGAUGUAGGUCCGCCGGGUCCACCAGGUCCACCGGGACCACCUGGUCUAUCGACGGGACAAUUUGAUUUCGAAGGGAUAAUACCACCAACGAUAUUUCAUGAUCAAUCGGCCAGAAGAAAACGCGACGCUUCCGAAAAUAUCGAUGAAGAGGAGAUAUUUGACAAGAAGCUCUUAGACAUAAACAAGGCGUUUUUCAACAUACAACAGCAUUUGCAUUUAAUGCGCAAGCCAAUUGGUACCAGAGAAAAUCCGGCCAGAACGUGCAGAGAUCUGUUUUACGGACACCCCGAUUUGAAGGACGGUUGGUACUGGAUCGAUCCAAACUUGGGCAUGCCUGACGACGCUAUCAGCGUGAUAUGCAACAUCACGAACAUGGGCGAGACCUGCAUCUUUCCAGAUAUCCACAAUAGUCACAUGCCGAACAUACCGUGGAGGAAAGAAGAAAAUAAAACCAGCUGGUAUUCGCAUUUACGCGGAGGGUUUAGAAUAAGCUACGAGACGGUCGGAGUAGUGCAGAUGAACUUCCUGCGUCUGCUUAGUCAGGAAGCUUAUCAGAAUUUCACGUACACGUGCAUGAAUAGCGUUGCCUGGUACGACAGCGAAAGUCGCGGCUACGAUUUCUCGGUGCGAUUACUCGGCGAAAACGAGGAUGAAUUCUCGUACAAUGGCAUCAGGCCUCACGUCAUCGCGGACGGAUGCAAGAGCCGGAGUGGCAAGGAGGAGACCGUGUUAUUAAUUCGCACCAGGAAGCUACAGCAGCUGCCGCUGGUCGAUUUUUACCCGGUCGAUUACGGAUCGCCACAACAAGCUUUCGGCUUUAAAGUCGGCCCGAUUUGCUUCAAAUAAAUCGGCGAACUGAUCACGCUGUCCUCUUGCGAUUAUCUUUACAAUUCUUAUACGAUUGCGAGAGGUACAGUUUAAGGCAAAGUUCGAUUUACGCAUAAUUAAGGAAAUAAGAGAUUAUCGUGUAUUUAUAGCAUGAUUAUGGACUUUAUAUGUAACACGUUUUAACAUUUUUUUUGUACAGUGCAGGCCAAUAUUUUAUGAUAAUUUAUACGAA